ACGAGCCACGCACGCACGCACGCACGCACGGCUCUUGGAGGACUGGCUGACCGCCUGCCCUCUGCCCCUCUCCCCCGCUUCCGUCUCGACGACGUCGUCGCCGCAGUCGGCAGUCUUUUGCUGGUUUUUGUCCUGCGGCCUCUGCCGCCCGUCCGCGCGCGACGCGAUACCUUCUCCUCUCCCCUCCCCUCCCACUCCCCCGCCCCGCGUAGAGCUCACAAAGCCCCCAACCCCGAAGCAGGCGAGCACCAGCACAGCCAGGCGAAAAGCCAAGCCGUCCCACCGACGUGGCGAGCGGCCUCUCCAGUCCAGAUCUCGCAUGCGCGGCCGCCGCCGCAGGAGGAGGGGGAGGAGGACGGGCUAGGGGGUCGGCGGCGCCGGAGGCGACGGCGGGUUUUCCGAGAUGGGCGGGGAGCGGCUGGGGAGCUGGGUGGUGUCCUACACCGGGAUGUCCGCGGACAACAUCAAGGGCCUGCUGCUGGCGGUCUCCUCCAGCCUCUUCAUCGGGGCCAGCUUCAUCGUCAAGAAGAAGGGGCUCAAGAAGGCCGGCGCCUCCGGCGUCCGCGCAGGUGUUGGUGGCUACUCUUACCUGCUUGAGCCACUGUGGUGGAUAGGACUGAUAACAAUGGUUGUUGGGGAAAUCGCUAACUUUGCUGCAUAUGCUUUUGCCCCUGCUAUCUUGGUGACUCCACUUGGUGCACUUAGCAUAAUUAUUAGUGCUGUUCUUGCACGUAUCAUUUUGCGGGAGAAGCUGCACACAUUUGGUGUACUCGGGUGUAUUCUUUGUGUUGUGGGUUCGACAACAAUUGUGCUACAUGCCCCUCCGGAACGUGAAAUUGAAUCUGUGGCAGAAGUAUGGGAUCUUGCUACUGAACCAGCAUUUCUACUUUAUGCAGCCAUUGUGCUCGCAGCAGCUUUCGUGCUCAUAUUCCAUUUUGUCCCAAAGUAUGGUCAGACACAUAUUAUGGUGUAUAUUGGUAUCUGUUCUCUUUUUGGGUCUCUGUCGGUCAUGAGUGUCAAAGCUCUUGGGAUAGCCUUGAAGCUGACAUUUUCAGGGAUGAACCAGCUAGUUUAUCCACAAACAUGGUUCUUCACACUUGUUGUAAUCGCAUGCAUAGUAACACAGAUGAACUAUCUGAACAAGGCCCUUGACACAUUCAAUACUGCAGUUGUUUCGCCCAUUUAUUAUACGAUGUUUACUUCGUUGACCAUUUUGGCUAGUGUAAUAAUGUUCAAGGACUGGGAUCGUCAAAAUCCGACCCAAAUUGUCACUGAGAUGUGUGGUUUCGUUACUAUCCUUUCCGGGACAUUUCUUCUUCACAAGACGAAAGAUAUGGUGGAUGGUCUCCAGCAGAGUCUACCUAUCCGAAUUCCUAAACACGUGGACGAGGAUGCAUAUGAAUCCGAAGGAAUUCCUCUCAGAUCUGCUGCUGAUGGCAUUCCUCUCAGGUCACCCAGGGGCACUGAGGGAAUUCCUCUCAGGUCUGCCGCUGAUGGCAUUCCGCUCAGGUCAUCGAGGGGCACAGAAUCUUUCCGCUCGACAUCAUGACAUGUUGAUGGUUGCAGCUGUGCUAAGUCCAUGACGCUUGAAGGCAACAUUGGUCCAAUCAUGGUGCUUCAAUGCUUUAUACCCGCCAUGGCUGUCCCUAAACUUGGGAAGGAAAGAAUCUCCAUUCUUUCAUUGGAUAGAACUCCUUAGGUUUUGACUGUAGAAGAUUGGAAGGUGGCGGCUCGGCGCCCCAUAUAAUUUCUGAGACUUUGGUACAGAGUUUCGGGGCUUACAUCAGUUAUACUACUAUAUAUACGUCUCUGGGCAAGAUAACUAGAAUGGCCAAGGACCCAAGUGUGGAUUGAUCCACGGAGGUUAUCUGGAACUGUGUAUUCUUUCACAUACAGUAGUUAUUCGUUCAGAAUACGUGAUCAAAUAGAAGAGCACAAUAUGACAUUAA